AUGUCCAUCUACGAGCUUCACAUCCGUGACUUCAGUGCAUCGGACCCCUCAGUGCUCGAUCCCCACCGAGGAACGUACCUAGCAUUCACUCACCCCGUGAGUGCACCCCUGCCUGCCACUCCACGCCUGCCCCACUUUUCCCCAACGCCCCACGACACUCGCCCCACUCGCUUCCACGCCCUGCCAACCACCUCCUCUUUACAUGAGCCCCUCUGCUUACCUGUCGCCCAUCACUCCUGUCACUGCAGCAGCAGCAGCAACCCCUCCGUAGCGCAUGGCAAUGAACCGAGUGGGCAUGGCGGUGGUGGCAUGGGGGCAGGGCAUGCCGUUCAUCCACGCGGGCGACGACCUGCUGCACUCCAAGUCGUUGGACCUCCAUCAUCUUUCCUCUACCCUUCUCAUUGCCCUUUUACCUGCGUGCCCCUCCCACUGCUCCUCCCUGGGCCCCGACUGCUGUGCCCGGCACGCAUGCUUGUGCAUGGCAGGCUGGACUGGUCGGGUGGCAGCAGCAACUUUGGCGUGGGGCUGCCCCCGCAUGAGAAGAACGGCGACAAAUGGGACAUGAUGCGUCCACUCAUGGCAAACCAAACAUUGCGGCCCACGUCAGCAGACAUAGCUGCCACGUCACGCUACCUGCGCAUGCUGCUGGCCGUGCGCUACUCCUCGCCGCUCUUCCGCCUGCCCUCUCUGGAGCUCGUUCAGCUCCUUCAGGUGAGCCGGGGAAGAGCCUUUGCUCACCCCGUGCCUCACCCUUCCACUCCUCCGCUGCCUUUCCCUGCCAUGCCUUCCCGCGCCCUCGCCCCUUCCCCGGCCCUCCCACAGGAGCGCGUGCGAUUUCUCAACGUGGGCCCCACAGCGCUGCCAGGGGUGAUAGUAAUGAGUGUGGCUGAUGGCGACGCUGGCUCGGGCAUGGCCCUGCUCUCACGCAAUCUUGUUCCAAACCCACUUCAGGUCAGCGCCUCCCCCUCCCCUUGCCUCUCAUCCUCCUAUCCCCCCCCCAUUGUUCGCCCACUGUCUCGCAUGCUCCCUCUCACCUCUCCUGUGUCUGAGCAGCAUGGCAUGGUCCCAGCAGUGCAAGGAGCAGGCCCCUGGUUCCAAGCAGACACGGCCAUGCUGACUGUGCCACCACUGGCCGCCCUCGCCCUGGUGGAGAUGAGGGAGUGA